AUGGAUAAUGGAAGGCUGAUGAUCAGCGUAGCACAUAAACUCGUUUCAGCGCUGGUAUGCGACGCGGAAAGAAACUUUGUCGCCGCUGGUAUUGAAAACCCCGAAGACGGUCCCAAUAGUUCUCCAGUCUAUAUAUGGGAUCAGCGCAACCAGUCAGCCCCUCUCCGCUCAUACGUCGAGUCUCACACCGACACCGUGACAAACCUCUCUCUACAUCCUUCUCACCCCACUCUGCUCCUAUCAGCUAGCACAGAUGGCCUACUUAACAUCUUUGACACUGCCCAAGCCGAUGAAGACGAUGCAUUGUAUCAAGUUGUUAAUCAUGGAUCGGCUGUUGCACAUGCAGGGUUUAUGUAUCCUGGCACUGACAUCUAUGCGAUUGGCACAGAUGAGACAGUGAGUUUCUUCGCACUACAGAGCCAAAAAGAGGACGAAGAGGAGCCAGCCCCGAAGGUUUGGGGCGACGUUAGAGAAGAUUUGGGGUGUGAGUAUGUGGUCGACCUAGGAUGGGUUGGGCAACAAGCCUGUAUUGCAGCGGGAAAGCAUAGCGAGAGCCAGCUCAACCUCAUCCCAAUAAACAAGGGUAGUAACGGACCUCUGGAUUAUAGUUUUGAUCUUGAGAAAAGCAUAUCCUUUCCAGGCGCCCACAGCGAGGAGAUUGUUCGCGACUCUUUCACUGAUGUCCACACAGACACAACAUACACAUGCGGUGAAGACGGUCAAAUCCGCGCCUGGAAACCCUCAGAAGAAGGCAGAAUGGAUGUUGACGAAGGGGCUGGAUCGGCGAAAAAGAGGCGCAAAGACAAGAAAGAGAAGGCAAGAUUCAAACCGUAUUAA